AUGCCUUUGCACACAGAGCAGCUAUUGCGAGAAGACGCAAUACGCAUCCGAACUUCCUUACCUGUCGGCGACCAAAACAACAAUGUCGCAGCGGAUGAGCAUCACCUGCUGUCGCACGACGAUAUCCCGACACGCCACAACCGAAUGCUGGACCAAUUAGACGAAUUGGGAGAGACGGACGAGCCGGACGAGAUCGCGAACGCAAUCGAAGAUGGGGGAGUUAACAGUAACGACGAGACCCGUCGCAGUCGACCCGUUCAAUGCUUGCGGCCUGCCAGCCAGGAAGGGCAGACCGGCGCACCCGAACUGGACUGGCGUGGGCUCGAGUACGUUGGACAUUACGAUGAGCAUCUCGACUGUGCCAUCUGCCAGUCGCCGCUCAUAGAGCCAAAGAUGGCUAAAUGCCUUCACUCGUUUUGUCGGGAGUGCUUUGAGCAGAUGCUCUUGGAGGACGAUCGCUGUCCGCUCGACCGCAAACCAUUCGAGCCGUUCCAGGACAGUCCAAACCCAGUGUUCUUUUGUUCGGCACCGCCCAUGGUCACCAGUCUUCUGGACAAUCUCCGAGUCCGUUGCCCGAAUGCUCGCUGCGACUACGUUUGCGGGCGAUCGCUGAUCGAGCACCAUUUCACGAAAGACUGCCUUUAUACCAGAGUCCCGUGUCCCGACAGGACGUGUCGAAAGCUUGUGGCGCGCCACGCUACGAAGGGAGGUCGCUGCAUGCACAAACUGAUCGAAUGCGACUACUGCAGCAGGCCGGUGGAACUGGCAGGCCUGGAAGACCACUACGACACCGGCUGCGAGCAGAACCAGAUUGUCUGCCAGAGCUGUCUCACGGCCAUCCCGAAGCAUCGGUACGGUACGCACGUUGCCAACUGUCCGGAUCGCCUGGUGGACUGCCAGUACAAGACCAGCGGCUGCACAGCCGUGAUCAAGAAGAAGGAUUCUGUCGAGCAUGAGCGCACGUGCCUGCACGGCAUGAUCGUCAGGAUGCAGCGCCUUCACGACAGUGACAUGGAAGCUAUGAAGGCUACCCUGAACGAGUCCCGGAACCAAGUGCAACGCCUCGAGUACGAGCUGGCUGCGCGACCACCGGUUGGCCAGGAAUGGGCAUUGCCUGUCCCACCAACACAGCCCCAUAUGGGCACAGGCGGGCUUGGGACGCCGCCCGUACCGUUAUCUCAACCGACACUGCAGCCCCUUGUGCCAGUCACGUCAGUCUCACCACAGUCGGCAAUCUAUGGAGCGGUACCUGGCGGGCCUGUGAUGGCAAACGGCUCCGGUGACCAGCCUGGGACGCCGCCCAACGACGCAAAUACUAGACAGACGGAUGGUCUCAACGGUGAUGACAAGAUCAACCAUCUCCUGACGGAUCUGGAAGCCUUCAAUGCCAGAAUGGAGAUAUUGGAACGAUUUGUGGGUGGUGUGGACACACGGCACGCACUACACACAAUGAAUGAACUGGCACCCAUCAGGGAGCAGAUCGUGGACUUAUACAACAAUUUGGGGCUCAUGAAUAUGCACGUACGGCGAAUGACGGAGUCAUUCCGGCAGACCAUGAUCAAAUCUGGCGGCGAGGUCGGUGAUGCGCACACACCUUCUGCAGGGUCUGCGGCAACAGCAAUGAACACCAUGGCUGCUGCAAUGGCACUGAAGCAGGAUGCGGAACGGCGCUCUUUUUACAACGGGCCGAUUUUUCCAGGUCGCCGGUUGAGUGAUCGGGGGAAUCCUCCUCGCCUGUGA